AUGGGAGUUCAUCUGUGCGGCAACAAUGGCCCUUUCGACUUUUCGGAUCCAUGCAUUCGUGCAUCAUGGAGCUCUCUUUUUCCUGCAGCCUUAGUAUUUGCCCUAUGCGUCUUCUCCAUCCCGAUUCCGAGUCGAAUCCGCAAGCUCAUUCAGAGCUUGUGCGCGCCGGUGGAGCCUUACUUGACUCUUCACGAAGCAGAAGCCCUAGACACUGCUGCUGCGACUGACAGUGCUGCCACUACUCCUGAAGAUGUGGUUGAAGUUCAGAAUACAGUUCCCCUUUGGCGCACUUUGGUUCUGGCAUGUGUAGCUCUUCUCCAGGCGCUCUUGUGGGUGGGCAUAGGUUCCUACGCUGUGCUAACCGACAAGACGCAUAUCUGGACUGGUAUCAGUUCCUUUCUCGUCGCGGUUUCUUGGUUAUAUGCGUCCUGUAGACCCGUCUUCUCGCCGAAAGCAACCGUGCCGUUUGACCUUUUCGUCCUCUACAUCAUCCACCUCAUUUCAGGCGUUUUGUUAUUAGGAGGUGUUCUAUACGAACACAGAUUAUUCGGUGUUCCAUUGCCCUCAAAAUUGGCAUUGACAGGUCUUGUGCUCAACUUGGUCGCUGUUUUCGUGGUAUUAGUAACGGUCUUGAAGAUGCCUUUCAAUGUACCUAGCAAUCGUGUCAAGAAAGAAGACAUUGGUUCAACUGUUUCACCUGAGGAUUACACGUCUCUCUGGGGUUGGAUCACCUUCUUCUGGGUGUAUCCUCUCAUAAAAUCAGGCACAUACACCACGUUGAACGAAGAUGAUGUUUGGAAUCUCAGUCCGACUAUGCAAUCUCGACCAGUGUUUAUCAAGUUCAACACUAUACAUCGUAAAACCCUUCUCCGUCGGCUAUGGGCAUCUAACUCGUUGGAUUUAAUUCUUGAUUUCUGUCUAACAUUCGUUAGUGUGGUCUUUAAUUAUGCCGGUCCAUUUUUCCUAAGACGAAUCCUCGAUGCUAUUGAUAAUCCUUCACCAGAAAACCGCUCGAGAGCAUAUAUCUACGCGUUCCUUGCAUUUUUGUGCACGGUUAUGAAGGCUCAAGCGGACGUACAACAUCUCUGGUUUGGUAGACGCGCUGCAACUCGGACACGCGUGGAAUUGAUGGCAGCUAUCUACGACAAAGCCCUUAAAAGGCGCGAUUACUCCGGAAUCAUUGAUAAGGACAAGGUGAAUGAAGCUGCGGAUAAGAAGGCGCAGGCAGCUGGUGCUCCCGCUGGGAAGCCCAGAGCCAAUGCGGAUGACCCCAAGGCAGGCGCUGAUGUUGGGAAAAUCGUAAAUCUGAUGGCUGUAGAUGCAAAUAGGAUCGCUAUGAUGAUUUCUGGUUCAUAUUUCAUAUAUGGAGCUCCUUUUGAAAUUCUCAUUGCUAGCGUGUUCCUUUACGAUCUUCUUGGCGUAUCUGCUUUCGCUGGAUUUGUUGUUCUUCUAGCGGGUUGGCCUCUAAACAGUUUCAUCGCCAGACGCAGCAUUCGAAUUCAGAAAGGCGUUUCUGCCGCUCGUGACAAGCGCAUGGCCGUGUUGAAUGAGCUAAUAGGGGCUGUUAAGUUUAUCAAGUUCUUUGCUUGGGAAGAAAGAUGGAUUCAGCGCGCUAUGGAAGCUCGUGGUUUUGAGAUGGGAUGGAUGGUGAAAGCUCGAAUCAAUUCUGUCAUGUUCUCGUCACUUUGGACAUGUGCGCCUAUCUUGGUAUCAUUAAUCUCGUUCUUCACGUAUGUCUAUCGAGGAGGACAGCUUACGGUGGCUAUUGCGUUUACUUCCAUCGCUUUGUUCAAUAUGAUCCGGGCACCUUUGAAUGUUGUACCAGCUUGGAUCAUUCAAAUUCUCCAGACUGGAGUCGCUUUGAAUCGCAUAGCUAUGUACCUUGGAGAAGAUGAAGUUUCCGAACAAGUGUCUACCAUCAAAAAGAGUCGUUCUACGCCUGCAGAGUGUGAUGAGUCCGAAGGACUUGCUAUAGAAAGUGGUUCUUUUAAGUGGAACGAAGUUGAAGAGCUGGAAGAAAAAGAUACGCAACCAACUGAUAAUGGAAAAUCGAAGGCUCUAUCCCCGACCCGAAGUGAUGGCGAUGAAACGGAUACUGCUGUUGAUAGUGUGUCAGUAACUGGCACCACGGAAGACCACAGAUUCGAAUUGAGAGAGAUAUCAGUGCGGUUCCCUGAAAGAGAGCUCACAGUUAUUACUGGCCCAACUGCGAGUGGUAAAACUGCACUGCUAAUGGCUCUGCUUGGAGAGAUGACAACUCUUAGCGGCAAGCUUAUAAUGUCCAAGAAUGCUUCCAAAGUCGAUGAACAUGGUCUUAUGCAUUCUAUAUCUUAUGCGGCACAGUCUCCGUGGCUCCGGUACCAAUCCAUAAAAGAUAACAUUCUCUUUGGGUAUCCUUACGACGAAGAGCGGUACAACGCAGUCGUCGAGUGCUGCGCACUGAAGCCUGAUUUAGCCAUCUUCGAGGAUGGAGAUGCGACCGAGAUUGGUGCAAGGGGUGUGAGUCUAUCUGGAGGUCAGAAAGCACGGGUUGCACUAGCUCGUGCUGUUUAUGCACGGACAAAAUAUGUUUUAUUGGAUGACCCCCUCAGCGCAGUGGAUAGUCACACUUCACGUUUUUUGUAUGAGAAACUCUUCCGUGGUCCUCUCUUGGCGAAUCGCACAGUUAUCCUCGUAACGCACCAUGUCGAACUUGUGCUUCCAGGCGCAUAUUAUCUCAUUCGCAUGCUCGAUGGUCGUAUCGAUUUGCAAGGUACUGUUAAAGAUUUACAGGCUCAGGGCUCCCUCGACAGCAUCGCCCAAGACUCGUCUACGGCAAUCAAGGAGGAGGAACCGGUUGUGGCACAAGAAGCGGUAGUCGAGGCCGAAUCCCUUGAUGAUGCGUCCCCUCAGGCUGCUGAAGUGACGAAAAAGCCUCGCAAGCUUAUCAAAGACGAACACAGAGAAACAGGAGGUGUUAAAUGGUCCAUCUAUAAAACUUACUUGAAGGCAUCCUCGUAUUGGACAUGGGGCAUAUUAGGUUUGCUCAUUUUUUUGACGCAAUUGCUAGGUGUCACGGAAAAGCUUUGGAUUCGGGAAUGGGGUUCAGCCUACGGUACAAGCUCUCAACCAGCGCCCUACGCCUUCUCGUCAUUUACACUGACCGAAAAUGAAGCUUUGAUGGGUGGCAUGAUCCCUUCCCAUGAUCAUCACCCUUACUCGAACAAUAUAUACCAUGUUCAGUCGCCCUCUUCUAGUGUCAACACUUUACCAAGUGCAGGAGAACACCCUCUAUUUUACGUUGGAAUAUAUGCUGCCAUUGGGCUUGCGACUGCUAUCGCAAGCAUUACGUCCGUGACUGUGCAAUAUACUGGAGCACUGAGAGCGUCCCGCAUCAUUUUCAAGCGUCUUUUGGAAGGAGUUGUUCGUGCUACAAUGCGUUGGCACGAUGUUACUCCUCAAGGUCGUAUGCUCAAUCGUUUUGGAAAGGAUAUCGAAACGAUUGAUGGUUCCCUUGCUGGCUCUCUGCAAGCUGUCAACUCUUCUUUGGCUACUUUUGCAGCUGCGAUUUUGACUGUCGCUGUCUUCUUCCCGCUGUUCCUCAUCCCAGCAUUUGCUAUCGGAUUCUUCUAUCGACUACUUGCAAUCGGUUAUCUUAACACGGGACGAGACCUUAGACGGAUGGAAUCUAACUCGAGAUCACCAAUUUUUUCUGGUUUCGGCGAGCUUCUGGAGGGUAUUGUGACUGUUCGGGCAUUCUCUGCGGAACGCCGUUUCAUGGAUGACCUGCACCUCAAGAUUGAUGUUACAACUAAAAUGUGGUACAAUUUCUGGAUGACCAAUAGAUGGUUACUUCUGAACUUCGACACGUUGGGCGCCCUUGCUGUUUUAACUACGACAUUGUUUGCGUUGUCCGGUUAUGUUCGGGCGGGUACGGCUGGUCUGUGUAUCACAAGCGCGAUGACUUUCACCAACAGUGUGUACUGGGCAUGUCGUUUCUGGACUGCUCUCGAACUCGAUCUAAACUCUGUGGAGCGAGUCGUAGAGUACUUAGACCUUCCACAAGAACCCCCGGCUAUCAUCGAGUCCAGUCGUCCACCUGCUUAUUGGCCAUCUAGCUCGAGUCAAAGUGCUCUUAUCAGAGUAGAAGACCUUGUUAUUAAAUAUGCACCUGAGUUACCUCCUGUCCUCCAUGGAGUGUCGUUCACCCUGAAUGCGAAAGAACGGAUUGGCCUUCUCGGGAGGACUGGGAGUGGUAAAUCUACUUUGGCCAUGAGCAUAUUACGAUUCGUUGAUCCUGUUAGCGGGCGCAUCCUCAUCGAUGGCAUUGACAUCUCUAAAAUCGGUAUUCACGAUUUGCGUUCCCGUCUGACUUUCAUCCCUCAGGAUGCAACUCUCUUCUCGGGCACUUUACGGGACAAUCUGGAUCCUUUUGGUGAACACGAAGACAGUGAAUGUCUGGAUGUCCUUUACCGCGUACAAAUGAUAAAUGAGAGUGCUUACCAAUCGCAAAGAACAUCGCGUGCUCCCUCUCGAACUUCAUCUGCUCAAGGAAAUGAAUUUGACGAUGCAGCAUCUUCUCUCGCUUCCACGACCGUCACUGACUUGGAAUCCAAGACCACUGUUAACUUAGACACUCAAGUGUCUGCUGGUGGCACCAACUUUUCACAGGGGCAAAGGCAGCUGAUUGCAAUGGCCCGUGCACUUCUGCGAAGGAGCUCUAUAAUUGUCUUAGAUGAAGCAACGAGCAGCAUUGACUUUGCUACUGAUGCUAAAAUCCAAGCUACUAUUCGCGAAGAGUUCACCGAGUCGUUACUACUUACCGUUGCUCACCGAUUGCGCACUGUGAUUGAUUAUGAUCGCCUUAUUGUGCUCGAUAAAGGCCAAGUCGCCGAGUUCGAUACACCCCUUAAUCUGAUCCAGAAACAGGAUGGAAUAUUCAGAAAUAUGUGUUUGAAAAGUGGUACCUUUGCUGAACUCGAAGCUGCAGCUAAGACGGCCGGGAAAAAGCGAGUGUAGACUAUUGGCACCAAAAGAUAGAUGCAGUGAAAGAAGGUAAUGGUUCGUUCGUAUUGGGUUUUAUAUCGCUUUCUGUCAUAUACAUAUUUUGCAACAAUCUCGAAUUUUAUAUAUAUCAACCUGGUACGUACAAACAAGAUACGAUGAACGUUCGAGUACUGCUGGGGAAAACGGUUGAAAUUAUAAGUGGUAUAUGUGUUACCAAGGGUCAGUUAAUUAUAAAAGGAAUCAGUCCAAAUGUA